AUGGCCGUUGAGGCCCAAGGCUGCUUCGCCCUUCUCAGCGCUCUAGGUCCAGAAGUGGAGACUUUGAAGAUGCGGGAUUUGCGAAUGGUGACAAGCGAGGCGAUCAAGCUGGUGGCGCCAAUCUGGCGCAUGAAUGCAUUCACGGUAAGUAAGUUGGCACGCUGAGCAUCUGAACUAACGCUAAAGUAUCUCACAUCACGCGUACAGCCGCUGGCACGGCCUCCGUUUGUUCCGACCGGAGGCCUCCGCGGACUGACACUUGCAGACGGACACGUCUCAGCCGAGUUCAUGUUCGCCAUUACACAUAACUGCCCAUUACUUGAGACGUGAGUUUAGUCAAAUUGCCCGCCCACAGCACCUGAUUCUUUGAUUUCCGUCGCAGACUCGUCGUUGAGCCAUGGGUAAUCACGAUCAAUCACCGGCCAUCUGUUGUGCAGCUCGACAUGGCUCGAUUCAUCCAAUCUCUCAACCCCGUCACAUUGCGCAAUUUCUAUUGGGGCGGGGGAAUCCCUCUGACACAGGCUGCGGCCAGCGUUUUCGAUACCAUUCUCGACAUCCUACCCGGACUGCAGGAACUUGGGGUCCCCCUCAAAUUCUUCUCGUCAGUGCAGCUCUCUGAACAGUAUGCGCAGAUGACGAUAGGUCAAACUUGAUCUGUUCCCCUCCCACAGCCUCGUUCUUGCUCAGACAUUGAGCAACAGCAAGCUCCAGCGCCUCACUUUGAUUCCCUCGUCCCGAGCCCUCGGUGGAAUUGAUGCUCCUGCGCUUGUGGCCAGAUCGGAAGAAAUCGUGCGCGCACUCGGCGUUGCCAUGGUCGAAUUUUCGUCAUCGGGGGUGGAAUGGGAGGCAAGGGAUGGCGUCGAUUCGUUCAUCGGUUAUGAGGGUGUGAAAAAAAUGUUGGCGCUGGCCAAGGCUAGGCUUGAUGCGGGUGUGCGAUAUGAAGACCCGUCGGCCGCAAAGGCGUGA